UGUAUGUGAUGAUGCAGGGCUGCAGAUUUUGUAAGGAAACACAUUCCUUCCUGAAGAUCAUGGUCUAAGAACUGCCUUUCUGUAUCAAUAUUUAGAUUAAUUUUGUUGACUUUGCCAGGCCUUCUCUAAAAGGCUGUUUACAUUUAUGUAAUUUAAAUUACUUUUGUCCAACUUGGUAGCAAGCCAGGCUGGACUCAGCUCAGUAUUUGAAUGCCUUUGUCAGAAGUUAAAGUGGAAACUUGAAAAAUAUAAACCACCACAAAACUAAUGCCAAACCCUCUGCUAUUGUCAUAUGAGCCCUCAUAAACGGUUAUUUCAUUCCAAAUAAGUUGAGGUUGCUGUUUGUAAUUUAGCAGUAACUUUGUGGUGUGAGAACUACCCUAUUUAGUGUGGUAAUGUGUUUCCUUUGAAGUCCUAGCAGGACAGUGUGUCAACAUGAUUCUUAAUUGGACUUAAUAUGAAGAUUUUUUUUUGAGUGCCUUUCAUAUGUUUAUAGGAAUUGAAAAAAUCCCAAACCAAACUAAAAAAAAUUCCCAAACACACACCCACACCCACUUAACAAAAUCUAGUCCUGUGUAGUUGAUAACAAAGGAAAAAAAAUGGGGAAUCACAAGGUGACUUGGGUUGGAAGGGAACAUCAAGAUCAUUUUGUUCCAACCACCCUGCCAUGGGCAGGGAUGCCAUGCACUAUAUUGGUUUGCUCAGAGCCCCAUCAAGCCUGGCCUUUAAUGUUCCCAGGGAUGGGGCAUUCCACCUUCUCUGGCCAACCUGUUCCAGUCCCUCACCACCCUUGCAGUAAAGAAUUUCUUCAUGUCUAAUCUAACCUGCUCUCUUUCAAUCUGAGGCCAUUCCCCCUUGGCCUGUCACUACAUACCCUUGUAACAAGUCCCUCUUCAUUUUUCUUGUAGGCUCCCUUCAGGUAUGGAAGGCUGCAGCUGGGUCACCCUAAGCCUUCUCUUCUCCAGGCUGAACAAUCUCAGCUCUCUCAGCCUGAGGUGUGCCAUCCCUCUCAUCAUCUUGGGAGCUCCUCUGGGCUCCCUCCAGCAGCUCCAUGUCCUUCCUUUGCUGGGAGCCCAGAGCUGAUGCAGCCCUGCAGGUGGGGUCUCACAGGAGCAGAGGGGCAGAAUCCCCUCCCACAGCUUGCUGGCCAUGCAGUUUUGGAUGCAGCCCCGGGACAUGUUUGCUUUUCUGGGCUGCCAGUCCACAUUGUUGUGUCCAGCCUCUCAUCCAAGAGAAUCCUCAAGUCCUUGGCAGGGCUGCUCUUGAUCAGUUCAUCCCCCAGAACAUUUUACAUGGGUCAGUGUCAACAGUGAUUUACUGGAAGGAUGUGUGAGAAACUCACUUUUGUUGUAUGAGGGUUUUGCUUCUUUGUUUGGGUUUUUUGUUUUGUUUUUCCUUGUAAUCUGAAGGAAGCUGCCAUGGAUAUGCAGAUGUGCAGGUUUGUAAGGCCCAUAUUGGUAGUAUUGUUGAAGAGGCUUGCUGAUUUCUCUAGAGUAUCUUCAUGUAUCUAUCAACUGCCUCAUCUGUGGUUGUAGUUUAGAGAAUAUUCCAAAUGGUCAUCUUGCAUAAAGCCUGAAAGGGCAAUUUGGCAUUAUAGGUAAGCUGGUGUAACAUUGUGGGCUUUUUCCCAAAAAGAACUGAUCUUGAUUCUGGUCCUACUUGCUUUUCCUGUGUUGUGUGUUGUUAGGUGCAGGGUGAGUAAAGUCAGAAGAUGAGUUUACAGCUAUACAACCAUGAAGGCAAAUGCAGAGUGGAACAAAGCCAGCAGUGGGGCUACCUCCCAUGAAAUACUGUAAUUGUACCAUAGAGUAGGUAUUGCCUCCAAGUGUUUGGAAAGAGGGGUUUGCCCUUGCUGUGAUGUGUUAGGGUGAUCUUUCUGUGGCAGCUGGAAUGGACCUGGCUGAACCUAAUCCAGUGAAUGGGGAAGCCUUGGCUCAGAUGAGCUUCCCGGUCCUGGUUCAUGGUGCAGCUUCAGCUCUGGUGUAGGGAAUCAGUUUGGGAUUUUUUUAUCAUUUUUUCCUUUUGCAGGCUUCAGGUAGAGAUGCAGGCUGUGGCUGACAGUACACAGGGCAGGUUACCUGACUAAGUGGCUGUGUCCUUACCUAGCUCUGGCAUGUAGCCAGUGCUCCUGGAAGUAGACUCCACUUGCCUCUCCUCCUCCUUUUCCCAGUUGGUUGUGGGACUAGUGAGCUAAGUCAGCUCGGCUGUGGCUGAUGUGGCAGGUUCUAGAGAUGCCAUGACAAAAGAAGCAGAAGCCAAGGCCUAAAAGUGGGGCUAUCCCUUUGGUGGCCCAAACUGUAAAAGUUAUUUGUUAGUCAACUGAAAAUUUAUCCUAGUGAUUGUUUUCUCAUGUUUCCUCCCAGUGUAGUACUUGCUUACAAAAAAAAGAUAGUGAGAGCACUGAUUUUAAAUUAUUUGCACAGGCAUGCCUACAAAUGCAUCUCUUUCUGUAUUGCUCUGUGCUUUUUAAUUACUCCCUUAUGCUUUUGCAAGUGUCUCAUUUUCCCUUGUUUGCCUGCAGGUCCAGCUGCUUCAGUUUUGUGUUGUUACUUACCCUUAUAUAUGCACUGUCUAAAUCUUGGUCUCAUGAAUUUAAAAAACAGUAUCUAACUGGGUGUCAAGGGUCACGUAAUAUUCCUCAGUUCAUUAAUAAAGAGAAUCUUACUCCUUUAAAUCUGCCAACUCUUGUACCCUCUUGAACAGUGUGGUUUAUAGAACAAUAAUCCAAGAAUAGCUCAUUUAGCUUGCUGUGUUCAUUGAGCUUUUCCUAUAUGAAGCACUGAACAGUGGCAUCCAUCAUUUGUCCCACAAAUGUGUUUGAAUUCCUUGGUUUAAUUCACUGUCUGUAAAGCAUUGCAGAAUACUGCUCUAACAUAUAAAGAAAUCUUGAGGGGGGUCUUUAACUUAUUUAAGCACUAACUCAGGAACAUUUAAUCAUAGAGGGAGUGUUAAGUGCAUUCUAUUCCAUGUGUAGGGGUUUAUUAAACAAGUUUGGCAUAGGCUAUGCUGAAUUCUUAAUUAGUAUAUGAUUAGUUUGCUAAUGGAAGUGAGGACUAGUUUCCAUUUUAAGGUACAGAGUACCUGUAAGCCCAAUGUCAUGACCUGAGCUAAAAUCCUUAGUUGACUUUGAGGUAUAUUGAAAUCAUUCAGUAUUGAAGCAGUAUUUCUACAGGAGAUUGUUUCCACUUCUUUUGCAGUUGGUUUUCUGUUAUAUUCACUUUUUGAGCUUUCCUGAAAAGUCGUGUUGACCUUCCUGUAUUUACUGUGUGCCAUGGUUUAACCCCAGGCAGCCACUUGCUCGCUCACCCACCAGUGGGACUGGGGAGAGAAAUGGAAGGGUAAAAGCUGGAAAACUCAUGGGUUGAGAUAAGGGGAGUUCAAUAGGGAAAGCAGAAGCCACACAGACAGGCAAGGUGAAACCAGGAAUAGUUCACUGUGUUCAGCCAUGUCCAGGGCAGGCUGCUGGCUGAAUAUCCGAUGUGAUGGCGGGGGGGCCCUAUCAUGUGCAGUGCCUGCUUGGGAGACACAUGCCAGCGCUCCAUCUCCUUCUUCCUCUUUCCAUUUUUAUAUGCUGAGCAUGUCAUAUGGUCAGAAUAUACCUUUGGUCACCUGUCCUGCUGUAUCUGCCACCCAUCUCCCACGUACCUCCAACUUCCUCACCAGUGUGGCAGCACAAAAAGCAGAAAAGGUCUUGGCUGUAUGUGAGUGCUGUAAGAAAUAACAAAAACAUCUCUUGUUCUCAGCCCUGUGUUCAUGACAAAUCCGAAACACAGCCCCAUACCAGCUACUGCAAAGAAAGUUAACUUUCCCCCAGCCAAAACCAGCACACUGAUAAAAACAAAAAGUGAAGUUCACAGUAACUUCUAAUAGUCAUAACUAAUUAGUGUACUUGUACCUAUAAAGUAUCUGGAACAUACUUGUGUAUCUUCAUUAGUUUAACAGGUUGAUUUCAUCUAGGAAAGACCCCUGUAUUAAGACACAAUCCAUACUUAGUAAUUAGAAGAAUCAUUAUUCACUCCAUACAUAGAGUCAAACUGGUUUAACAGUGCCAGUAAACUACUAAAAUUUUACAAACAUUGUUUUUGUGGCAGUAAAACUGGUCAGGGGUAUAUGCAGUACUUUUUCCAAAGUAAACUGAAGAUCUUUGGAAUGGACAGAAUUUUCACACAUUAUGUUUUCAUGCUGUUGUGGUUUGUUCUUACUCAUUUAAAGGACAUUACAUUAGAAUCAAGGCACUUGAUAGUGGGCCAGCUGUACCAACAGUGUAGUAUAAUAAAAUGAGAGAUGUUGUCUUUUAUAUCAAAUUGAACAUCAAAGCUUAAAGAAAUACUCUUCCUGGUACUACUUUUAAAGUUCUUAGUCUACACAAGUAUGAUAUCUAAAAAUGCUAUUAAUAGGAACCUCCUACUAAGACAAUUAAAGUUGUGUAACUUUUGUCCCUGGAGAAGGUUAAGUUAAAUGGUCUUCUGGGUAUAACUUAACUGUACUAGUGGAGAGGUUAGUGCUUCUGACUACCAACCCUCAAAAUUGCUGUCUGCUCUCAUGGGAAUGAAUGUUUCCUGACCCAGUUCAGUUGAAGUAAGCCUGAAAUACUUUAAAAAGUAAGUAUUUCAUAAAUUAUUUUGACUAAAACCUUGAUAAUUGUUCCUUCCUCAGCACAUAAAAGCUGAGGAGGAAGUAGAGAUGAGAGGUUUAAUUGGUGCAAGCUAAUUACAGUUUUCCACUGCUGUGGUGGCCUACAGGGUGCUUACAUAACAGUGGAACACCACUGGACUUGAUGAUGCCAGAUUCACCACCACCCUGUUUGUACUAACUGGUGACGGUGAUGCAUUUAAAAAUAAUACUGAGUCUUGUCAAGAAGGCUCACUAACUCAUUCACUAGGGAAAUAAACUAACAGUAUGUAACUUACGCACAAAAAUAUUUUGGUAGCAUUUUGAGUCUGAAGAUUGAACAGAAAAGCAAUAAAUGCAUUUUAAAGCAUUUAAGAGGAAGUCUAAUGCCUGCCUUCUGUCAAAGUGCCUGCUUUUAGAUGGUGCUUCUGGUGGAUGGGGGGAUUGAGCUUUUGUAAGGAAAAGAGAUGGAUGUAUAAUUCUGCUUAUUAUUUUUUUCAAAUGUUUUUGAAACAGCUUCAUUUUUUAUUUAAUUACGUGACAAGUAAUGGUGUCAAGCAGUCAAGAAAUAAAUUUGAGAACAAGUGCAGUGAUCAUCCUUGUAGAGCAGGUCUAAUCAGUCUAAGUACAAUGCUGAUAUUUGUGUUACUCUCUACCUAGAGCAACAGAAGCAAAAUGUUUCUGUGCUGUGUAUCUUCUGAGAAGAGGAUUCUUCCCUGUUCCCAGAAAUAAAAAAAUAAACAAAGGGAUCAUCUCGGACUAGGGGAAUACAAGGCUGCCAAACUAGGAUGUAUUGUACAUUUGCAGAGGCAGUGGUUUAAUCAUAUUGACAUUUCACAUAGUUGUCAGCAACACAUCUUUUUAAAGGAAAAUUUUAGAAAGGUUAUGUUUGUUCUGUAGUUUUACAGUGUGUCAGAUUAUAGUGGUAGAAACUCAGAGAAGGAAGUAAGAGCUUAAGCUGUGACAGUGUCAGUGGCUAAAUGGCUGUGGGACAAGGAACUUGUUACCACUUCAUUUUUCAGAAAUUUUGUGGUAAAAGUAAAGGCAAGGAUCUUGGUCUGAUGUGAAGAAGGGAAACCAGUAGACCAAAUGAGUAGUGCUUGUUAUAGGCAGCUGUAGGCUUGCUGGUUGAAACAGCAGCAGUUGAAAAUAAUUUUUGCAGGAGUAUUCAAAGUGAAAUAUAAAUAAGGCAAAAAUUAUUUGGGCAGUGUUUGUAAACAACAUAAUGCUUGUGUGUUGGCAGGAGCCUUGGCUCUCCUUUCUCUUUUCUAGUCAUAAUACAACUAAUAUUACAGUUCUUUUAACUGUUGGACAUUAUAAAGCAGAUCCAAAAACUAUGUGCAGCUUUUUUAUGUUGUGGUCUCUGGUCUUGUAGAAUUCCAGGUUUCCUCCUUUCAAUGUUCUAGAUAACUUUAGAAAGGAAGUAAAAAUGUGAUUAUCAGUCUUAAAUAUCUGAAUAAAAUUUGGUUUAUCAUGGUUUGUCUCAUUCAUUUUGAAAGGAGAAGAGACUAUUCUAAGGCAAAACCUGGCAAUUAAUUGACUCCAUCUACUUCUUUCCUAUACUACCAAUAAACAUUUCUCAUAUAUGGGCUGGUGUGUCCUUUGAAUGGGUAUGGCAUGGUUUUGACAAGCAUGGAAAAAAGCAUUUCUGAAAGCAAGAAGAUUCACAUUAGAUGAGAACACCUUGAAGAUCACUUCUGGUUAUUGAAGAUCAAAACUCAGACUGAUGAUACUUAGAAUAAUUAAGGUUGAAAAGAAAUUGAAUUCAGCUGUUAACCCAGCAUCCCUGUGAUUGUCACUGGGCCUGGUCCUGUACACUUCCAGGGACAGCAAUUCCAACUGGGCAGUCUGUGCCAAUGCCUGACUACUCUUUCAGUGAAGAAAUUUUUCCUGGUAUCUAAUCUAAACCUCCCCUGGUACAACUUCACUCCUUUCAGGUGCUUGUAGAGAGCAGUAAGUUUCUGCUGUGCCUCCUUUUCUCCAGGCUGAACAACCAAGUCAUGCUCCAGCUCCAUUGUCCUCUGGACUGCCUCCAGCACCUCAGAGGCUUUCCUGCAGUGAGGGGCCCAGAACUGGACAUGACAUGUGAAGUGUGGCCUCACCAGUGCUGAGUACAGAGGGACACUGUCCUGGUCACGCUGGCCACAGCCCUGCUGAUCCAGGCCAGGAUGCCCUUGGCCUUCUUGGCCACCUGGGCACGUGCUGGCUCAUGUUCAGCUGCUAUUGAUCAGCAUCCCCAGGCCUCAGCCCCUUGAUCCAGCCUGUCCAGAUCCCUCUGCAGAGCCUUCCGACCUUCCAGCAGGGAUGUCUAAAGAGUGAUUAAGCAUACCUGAUGGGAAGUCUAACACAGAUACCCUAGUGUGUGCAUGCCUCAAACUCAUGAUUUGUGUAGCUCUGACAGCUGGUUCUGCAUCCCUAAGUUGAACCACCUUGUGCUUGUUCCAGACAGCAUGAAGAGGAAAUUCUGGUGAUUAAAGAUCAUGGCAACCAUAGAGGAACUGGCCCAUCAAAUUUUUGAACAGCAGAUGGGAGAGGUUACACAUUCCCAGGAAGGUGGUACACAGACACUAAUGGAUGGGGCAGCACAGCGAAUACAGAUUGUCCCUGCAGAUUCAGGCCUCUCUUUAUCACAGCGGAUACAGAUUGUCACAGAUCAGCAGACGGGCCAGAAGAUUCAGAUUGUUACAUCACUUGAUCAGAGCUCAGCAGGCAAGCAGUUCAUCUUAACAAAUCAUGAUGGCUCUACCCCAAGCAAGGUGAUCCUUGCCAGACAAGAUUCCACUCCAGGAAAAGUUAUCCUAGCAACUCCAGAUGCUGCAGGUGUCAACCAACUGUUUUUUGCAUCCCCUGAUAUAUCUGCACAACACAUCCAGAUUUUAACGGACAACUCCCCCAAUGAACAGGGCCUAAAUAAAGUGUUUGAUCUGUGUGUUGUGUGUGGAGACAAAGCAUCAGGGCGUCAUUAUGGAGCAGUGACCUGUGAGGGAUGCAAAGGAUUCUUUAAAAGGAGCAUACGGAAGAAUUUGGUUUAUUCGUGCCGAGGAACGAAGGACUGUGUCAUUAACAAGCACCACCGGAAUCGCUGCCAGUACUGUAGGCUGCAGAGAUGCAUCGCCUUUGGCAUGAAACAGGAUUCUGUACAGUGUGAGAGGAAACCUAUUGAAGUGUCAAGAGAAAAAUCUUCGAACUGUGCAGCUUCUACAGAAAAGAUCUACAUUCGGAAAGAUCUCCGUAGUCCAUUAGCUGCAACCCCAACUUUUGUAACAGACAAUGAAACAGCAAGAUCAACGGGUUUGCUGGAAUCAGGAAUGUUUGUAAACAUUCAUCCGUCUGCAAUAAAAAGUGAACCUACUGUGCUGAUGACUCCAGAUAAGGUAGAAGCAUGUCAAGGAGAUUUAAGUACACUGGCAAAUGUAGUGACUUCAUUAGCAAAUCUCAGUAAAUGCAAAGACGUGUCACAAAGCAGUACAGAGCUAUCCAUGAUUGAAAAUUUGAGUAAUGGAGAUGCAUCAUUAUCUGAACUCAAGCAAGAAGAACAAGCUAGUAGUGAUGUUACAAGGGCAUUUGAUACUCUUGCAAAAGCAUUAAAUCCAGGAGAGAGUGCAGCAUGCCAGAACUCUGAAAGCAUUGACACCAGUGCACAGCUGCUUGGUGGAGAAACAAGCAUGAACAUCGUGGAAAUAGAGGGGCCACUACUCAGUGAUGCUCAUGUAGCAUUCAGGCUCACCAUGCCUUCUCCUAUGCCUGAUUAUCUUAAUGUUCACUAUAUUUGUGAGUCUGCCUCCAGGUUGCUUUUCUUGUCCAUGCACUGGGCACGUUCCAUUCCAUCUUUCCAAGCUUUGGGACAGGAUAACAGCAUAUCAUUAGUAAAAGCCUGCUGGAAUGAACUUUUUACGCUUGGUCUAGCACAAUGCUCACAAGUUAUGAAUGUGGCAACGAUCUUAGCUGCUUUUGUUAAUCACCUUCAAGGCAGUUUACAACAAGAUAAGCUGCCAACAGACAGAGGAAGACUAGUAAUGGAGCAUGUCUUCAAAUUGCAAGAGUUUUGUAACAGCAUGGUUAAACUGUGUCUGGAUGGGUAUGAAUAUGCAUAUUUGAAAGCAAUUGUUCUCUUCAGUCCUGAUCACCCAGGUCUAGAAAAUGUGGUACAGAUUGAGAAAUUUCAAGAAAAAGCUUACAUGGAGUUCCAAGACUAUGUAACAAAGGCGUAUCCGGAUGAUACCUACAGGCUAUCUAGACUUCUUCUGCGAUUGCCUGCUCUCAGGCUGAUGAGUGCUGCCAUCACUGAAGAGCUGUUCUUCGCAGGACUGAUUGGCAAUGUUCAGAUUGACAGCAUCAUCCCAUACAUUCUGAGAAUGGAGACAGCAGACUACAACUCUCAGAUCAUAGGUCAUGGUGUGUAAAAGGAGCAGUCCAGGAUUCUGUACCAUGGCAAUCAUGGUGAUGUAAAUGCAUACCCUGUCUCCAAGAGAUGGUCAUUAGCCUUCCAGUGCACCUUUCCAAAGAAGGCUCAUAUUCCUCCUUUCCAGUACACUUGGGAAACGUGGUGGAGUGUAUUAGGAUAUAGGAUCCCUUCCUGUUCUUCAUCUGUCUUCAAGGACUUGUAAAUUAACUUGAUAUCUGAAGAAGGUCAAGAAUUGUCCAUCCUAUUUUUGUAGGUAGACGGACUUGCAAUAUUUGUUUAUUAAGUUCAGGCUUAUGAGGAAACUGAAGAAGCUUUGAUUGAACUAAGGUAUCUCAACUUAGUUUGAUGUUUUAGACAAAUAAAUUAACUUUCCUCUCUGA